GAAACAAGAACAUCUCCUUCAAAUGUGUUUUUAUGUUCAAAUGAUACGUAAUAUUAGCAAGCUAUGUCAUCUUCAAAAGCCCGUAAGUAAAUGGGUUUUGAAGUUUUAAACUACUUUAAUCCCGACUUCCCAGUGUGAGACAGCUUAAACCAACGGAGGGAGGAGCGAAAGGCGGCACCACCGAAACUCACCUAAUUCAACGCAACGAAGGUGACACACUGUUCCUCAUUUUCUGGAAUCAACAACAUAUUUUUUAAAUUCCUAAUAUCGAAUACCGAUACACGAAUAAAAAAUACAAACAAGAGUUAGCAAAAUCUGUGGAUUUACGGCGUGUUCUAAAGGAAAAAAAUUAACUCCUGUGUUGUUUCGCUAUCUGAAGGAUAUUUUUAAAACACAAACACUGUACAAACUACAACAAACCCCGCUUUACCUGCCUGCUGAAGCGGGUAAUGUAAAUUGCAACCGGAAAGAUAUUUGUCGUUGAAAUUGCUGACGGAAAAAAAUCUACAAGGAAACCUGCUCGGAAUUAGAAAGAAGCAGCUGAAUGUGGACCCUGGAUGGGGUUAGACUCUUGAAGAUGGCGUCUCUCCUGGAAAGUGGACAUUUCUCCUAAUUGCCAAGAGCAACUAUGAUUCAAGGAAGUUGGCACCCAUACAUAUGAAAAAGUGGAGAGCUGCCCAGGCGAACUUUAAGAACAACUUCAUUCAUGUUUCUGGUCAAACCCAUUUAUGCUUUUCCUGUUACAGCACCUUAUCGAAUGUUUUAAGCAGGUUUGUGCUGACGAGCCACAGUCCUUGAAGUGUUGUGACUACGAACGUGACUGUUGAACCAACCCUCCACUAUGGUCUAGGAAAGGUCCAGUGAAUACGAUGGCUUCGCUGGUUGCCCGUGCAAACGAGGACAAUCAGUCCUUGAUUCUGAAGGGGGUGGAUCCAGAAACAUGCAUGAUUGUAUUUAAAAAUCACUGGGCUCAGGUGCUGAAGAUCCUGGAGAAGCAUGACCCUCUACGGAGCACUGGUGGUUUUGGCGCUGGUGGCGGGGGGCUGCGUUUCGGGCCGAUCCCAGGUGACGAAGCGAGCGCGGUGCAAAACUACGUGGAGCACAUGCUGUUACUGCUGAUGGAGGAGGAGAGCGGGCAAGUGGGCUCCAUGGGCCCCAUCCUGGAGUUUGUUGUGACAGAGAACGUGAUGGAGAAGCUGUUCCUGUGGAGCCUGCGGCGAGAAUUCACAGACGACAUGAAGAUCGAUCAGCUCAAGAUGUACGAGAUGCUGGUGGUCCAGUCCCGGCAGCCCCUGCUGCACCACAAGCCUGUGCUGAAGCCGCUCAUGAUGCUUCUCAGCUCCUGCUCGGGGACAGCCACCCCCGCCGUGGAGGCUGCGCUGGUCAUUCUGCUCAACCAGCUUUGCUCCAUCCUGGCCAAGGACUCUUCCAUCCUGGAGCUCUUCUUCCACACCAGCGAGGACCAGGGAGCCGCCAACUUCCUCAUCUUCUCCCUGCUCAUCCCCUUCAUCCACCGCGAGGGCAUUGUGGGGCAACAGGCACGUGAUGCGCUGCUCUUCAUCAUGUCUCUCUCCGCCGAGAAUCACGUUGUCGCCAAGCACAUUGCAGAGAAUACCUACUUCUGUCCUGUGCUGGCGACGGGGCUGAGUGGCCUGUACUCCUCCCUGCCCGCGAAGCUGGAGGUGCACAGCGAGGAGUGGCACUGCCUGCAAAGAGAAGACUGGAUCCUGGUCCCUGCGCUGGUGCAGUUCAUGAACUCCCUUGAAUUCUGUAAUGCUGUCAUACAGGUGGCACAUCCCACAAUCCGAACCCAGCUAGUUAACUACAUCUACAAUGGCUUCCUGGUGCCUGUGCUGGCACCGGCUCUUCAUAAGCUGACACUGGAGGAGGUGAUGACCACCACAGCAUACCUGGAGCUGUUCCUGCGCAGUGUCACCGAGCCGGCUCUCCUGCAGACCUUCCUCAGCUUCAUCCUGCUGCACCAGCAUGAGAAUGUGCACAUUCUGGACACCCUGGUCAGCCGCAUCAACACCCCCUUUCAGCUUGGCACUGUGUCUCUUUCCUUGUUCAAGACUCUGAUUGGUUUGCACUGUGAGGAUGUGAUGUUACAGCUCAUCUUGAGGUACCUGAUCCCCUGUAAUCACAUGAUGCUGAGCCAGCGCAGGGUGGUGAGAGAGAGGGAUUGCUACUCUGUGUCUGCGGCCAAGAUCCUUGCCCUGACCCCCAGCUGCAUCUCCCCUGUGCGCAGCAUCCAGAAACACCAGGACAAUUGCAUCCUCUGGUCAAAGGGCAAUGAUUCCUCCCAGUCCAACACCAAGGGUUCCAAAGAGGAACAAUAUGAACUUGACAGCCAGGAAUACGCCCACAUUGUGGGGUGUCAAAAAGGCAUGGAUGUCAGCUACUUGCACUACCUGUACGACGCCCGCAACAACAUCACACGCUGCAUCAAAGCCUGUCGAGUCUGGUCUGCCCCUUAUGAUGGGGAAAACCCUCCUCCUGAGCGACUCCAGCUCGGACCAGCGGAGGAAGGGGGCAAGCAGGCAGCAUCCUCUCAGAGAGCCCGUCUGAGCCAGGUUUCCUCUGGCCUGACCUCCACGGGGGAGAAGGCACAACUGCUAGAGCUGGAGUGGGACGACAGCUACGACACUGGCAUGUCCCCGGGUGGUGACGGUGAUCUCUCCGAGGGAGACACUGGUGUCAAAGAGCCAAUGCCCAUUGAGCCGCCCAGGCACAUCCAGGAAAUGAGGAAGAACGCCAUUAUGCUCAUCAAGGGAUCUUACAUCGAGGAGUCAGACUUUCAGGAUGAUGUCAUGGUGUACAAUCUGAUUGCUCAGAGGGACGCCCAGGAUGCAACGGAGCACAUCGGUAACAGUCCAAACGGAUCAGAGAAAACGGCACCCACUGUCCCGAAGCAGCAAUCGCAGCCCCUCUGUAAUGGUCUGACCGCAACACAAAACCCCAAAGCAGUGCAGGAGCAGAACAAGAAGAAUGUCAGCCUGAGCAGGGAGGGGAAUACCGUCUCGAGUAAUGGAAAACUGGAUGAUGACAGCAAGCUGUCUGAGCCAGACCACAACUCAAAUCUUCGAAUCCCGAGCAUGGACAGGGAUGACCUCAUCUCCCAGUAUGAUGACCUCCUCAAGGGUCUGGGGGCUAACUCUGGGGGUCCGGUGGAAGAUGAGAGGGCCUUUGUAGACCCCGUCACUCCCACGGAAGAGGAUGACAUGGAUUUCAAUGCCUUUUCUGAUGACAUGCUGGAUCCAGAAAGGCUGCCUUCUCCUUUUGGACCCAAAAGCCGCGCAGUGUAUUCUGUCAGUACCAGCACCAGGAUUCACGGAGCACCAUUCACAGGGCCAUUCGUCAGUGUUCUCCUGUCACGGCUGGAGAACAUGCUGGAGAACUCCUUGCAUGUCAACCUGCUGCUCACUGAGAUCAUAGCUCAGCUGGCUGCCUAUCCACAGCCACUGUUGCGCUCCUUCCUCCUCAACACCAACAUGGUCUUCCAGCCCAGCGUUCGCUCCCUCUACCAGGUGCUUGCAGCUGUAAAGAACCAAAUUGAGCAGAUUGCUGCUACCAAGAAAGACAUCCCCGCCCUGGUGACAGAAGCCCAGCAAUACUUCCUCUCGAGAGAUGACAGCAAAGAUGUGGUUCAGGAUCCCCUUCGUGCAGAGAACGGGCAGUGGGUUCAAGAUGGCGGAGCAAAUCGUGCGCAACUGCUCCCUAGCAACAGGUUGAAGAAAGCACCACCCCUUCCAAAGAUUCCAUCCCAGAUGAGGAAUGUUGUUUUUGCAACUGUACUCUAUACAGAAUUUUUAAAAGAACUGGCUGCCGUCGCACAGGAACACACAAUUGUAUCAUACAUAUCGACAGAAAAAUAGGUGGUUUUUGUGGGGUUUUUUUUUUACCUUUGGUUUGUUUUACACUUUUUAAAUGACUUAAAAUAUAUUUUAUAUUUCCUGUUCCUGGCACUACUUGAUAAAGAAGAGGAUGUAAACAUUUUGUUUGGGGAGAGGGCUACUGUGUUUUAAUAUCAUUAGGUAUGUUUGUAAAUACAGCGGUUAUUCCCUGAUCAAGUGAAAAUGGUUGGUCAGCUCCCAAUAGCCAUAACGACUUUGAAAAAACACAACAAAUGUUCUGUAAGUAUAGAGUCCAUUAUUUGGUGGACACCUUUUAGCUUUAAAUAGGAUUUUAUUUAUGGAGGUUUGGUUACGGAAAAUAUUAACCACCUUAGCUACUCAUGUGCAAUCACUGGUUGACAUUUGAAAACCAAGAGUCUAGGUCUAGGUCUAUAAUAAAAGAAAAUAAGGUUGAUAAAGGUAUUACAAUCACUCACUGUAAACUAAACCACACCAGUUAUUGUUUAUCUGACAACUGCUGGUGAAAAUAAAUGUUCUGGAACUAAGUGGGUUAUAUAUAUAUAUAUAUAUAUAUAUAUAUAUAUAUAUAUAUAUAUAUAUACUGCUAAUGCCUUAACUCUUAUUGAAGGAGAUUGUGGUUAUUAAUUGUUACAGCUGUUUCUGCUAUAAUAAUGUAAGUUUUUUUUUUUUUUUUGGAUUUCAUAGUGUAUGCACUAGGCUUACUUUAGUACUAUUUGUACAUUGUAAAAAAAACAGUUUCUAUACAAGUUGUAUGUAGUGCUAUUGGGGACAGAUUUUUACAAUAAUAUUUAAUAUCUUAGUUGGCAAAGGGUAUUUAAGUAUUGUAUAGAGGUCAUCAAAUAUGUUUUAAAUUUUUAUAAAAAUAAAAAAUGAAUCCAAUA